CUCUGAUGCUCCAACUAGCUGAUAUCCGUCUGGUUUCUUAGGAUAUUGAUUCGUGACAGUACGAUACGCCCAACCCUCCUACCGGCCAGCGGCGCCAUUACAAUACUGCACCACGAUCUUUUAACACGCCUAUUAAACCGAGUCUUGAUAUCUGCCACGAUCGCCGCCGUUGUGAUUGAGCCGUCUUAAGCAGUCUAAGGUUAUCUGUUUUCUGUCUGCUCUUCACCGCAAGCCCUGUCUAGGCAGGCCUGGACGCCCCAUUGAGAUAGACGCUAUUUUGGCUUCGAGUUACUAGUAAAUCAGCUCAGUUGGAGUGACCAAAUCAACUUCUGUGUUGAUAACUGGACUUUCCCGUGCUGAGAUUAACCCCGUGCCUGCAAAGGACUACAGAAUCACUCGACCAAGGAAAGGUAGCUCAUCAGCCCCCGAAAGUUCAAGGAUUAUGAGCUACAGUCCUUCACCCAACCGCCAGGAAGUAGCUGCCUCUGACCCCGAACUGCCUAGUCUAUUGGCCGAAAACCAACCAGCAGACCCAGAGGCAGCCUUUCCUCCAACCCAACUGGAGCUAUGGAUAGACGAUUUGCUGCCUACUGAGGACUACAGGCAUGAGCACGCCUCUCUCUCUCAAGGCCCUGUUACUGGCGAAUGGCUUAGCAGGGAUCAUUUAAUUAAGUUAGAGCGUUUAAGGCAUGACCUUAAAAGCAGACCUGGUUCCUUCAGUAUUCAGUCAAUCGUUGAUGGUGAAAUCAUUAACAAUGCAGUUAGUUGCACCUCCGUCAGCUUCUCUAAGCUAAACCCAGCCGAUGUACUCAAUAACCUUCGAUGGGCCAACCAAAGGAACCAGGUUUACCAGCAACAACUCAAUGAUCUAGCCUCUCUGAACAACCGCACCUACCUUCAAGCUAUGCAGUUGCAGGAGACUGUAGAGGCCCAAGAGUUGGAGAAAAUCGAGCAAGCCACCCAAAUGGAAACCUUAAAAGCAGAAAACAGGGCCUUGCAAGCCCAAAUCCUUGCUAAUAAGCCAGCUCCUUCAGUAGAGAAGCCACAGACUUAUCAGUUCCCUCGCCGGCUUGGCUUUUCUCCCUCUGCUACAUCCGCGGUGGCCGCCAGUUCGGCACCUCGGACACCCCAGGAACAGCCAGUUCGGCAGCCGACAGUGACCCCGAUUGUAUGCACCUUACCUCACCCGGCGCCCAGCUCUUUAGAGCCCCGGCGAUCUGCUAAAGCCCCCGAUCCACCGCUGCUCACUGACGGAAAAACCCCCCGAUUUGAGAUAUGGGAGCAGGCAAUCAUGAACAAAUUGCAGCUCAAUAAGGAUCAUUAUCAAGGACAAACUGAGUGGGAAACCAAUCGGCUAAGGGGACAAUAUAUCUAUACCCGCAUCGAUGCUAAAGGAAGGGCUAUGGAGCUGCUAUACCCUGAAAUUGCCCGGUUAGGUAGCGUUAAGCACAUGGGGGCAGAUUACAUGAUUACCUUCCUUCGAUUAGCAUUAAUCAAUCCUCUAGAGGCCUCGUUGGCUGAAGGACGCCACCACUGACUAGCCUUUACAAACAACACGGAGGCCCUAGUAGCAGAUAUAAGGAAGGAAGAAACCACUGCCAAUAUACCCAAAAAGGGAGGGUAGUGCCUGAUACCUUAAAGCCCAGGUUAUAAAGGCAGCCUAUUUAACCCAAGCAACUGCCCAUCUAGGAGGAACUAAUGUUAGCUUAUUGUCUUUGAUUCAACCAUGAUACUCUAAGUAGAACUAGCUGAUUAUUGAU